AUGGCAGCUAGUCAUCUCCGAUCAAUCAGCUUACCUUCUAGAUCUCAUCCUCUAAGAGUAAACAUUGAAGAGCAGUUAUGCAAGUUGAGGACAUCAGAAACCUCAUCAAUAGGACACAAAUUGAAUGGCCUAAAGAAUUUAUUCGAGUCUGUUGAUGAUUUUCUUCAACUGUCAUUUGUCCAACAGACAAUCUCCAAUGAGAGGCAAAACCAGUGCAUAGGAGACGCAGUGAAUGGAUCUCUGGAGCUAUUGGAUAUAUGUGAUACAACAAGAGAUUUAUUCUCACAGAUGAAGGAAUGUUUGCAAGAACUUGAACUAUCUCUCCGCAGAAGAAAAAGCACAGACUCUAUUUCACAAGAGAAGUUGAUGCAUACAUGCAUGCUAAGAGGAGUUCAGAGAAUUAGUCUUGUGAUGUUCAAGUCAAUCCUAUCUUUCAUUUCUCAGCCUAAGGUAAAAUCAUUGCCCUCUGGCUGGUUUCUAAUCCCAAAAUUGCUACAGUCGAAGCGUGUUUCAUAUGAUGUGGAAACUGAAGAAAAUGAAGUAGAGAAGAUUGAUGCUGAAUUGCUUAUCCUGAAGUCAAGCAAAGACAUCAGUCUCUCCCAAAUUCAAAGCCUUCUUAAAGACUUGGAAGCAUUUGAGUCUAGCAUGCAAGAGGCAGAAGAGGAGCUGGAAUGCCUAUAUAGGCUAUUGGUGAAAACCAGAGUGUCCCUUCUCAACAUUCUGAAUCAUUAG